CCAUAAUUCUAAACUAAUACCCCCUCAGUUUUAAUAUAAGUCGUUUUAAUUAUUUUUUUAUUUUUUUUAAAAAAUAUUAUUAAUUAUUUCUCUAACCACAAUUCAAUCAAUAAUAAAAUAAAAUGUAUAUUAUCUUUGGUUAUAUAACAUUAACUUGUUAAUAAAUUUUACAUAGAAAAUUGAAAAUUUCAUCCAAUUUGGAACAUAAAAUUUCUUCUAAAAUGUUGUCUAUUAAAAAAAAUAGAAAGAGUAUAAUUUUAAUAAAUGCAAUUAUUUUUCUGAAGUUUAUAAUUAUAAUCAUUAUUAAUUCAUAAAAGUUGUACAUUGAAAAUAUAAAAAUCAUCUUUUAAAAUACUUUUUUCUAAAAGGGAGGGAGUAUCGUUUUGUGUUAUCAACAAAUUAAAGCCCAUUAUUACCACAUCGUUUGGAUGUUUCAUAGUAAAGAUUACAUUUCAUAAAAAAUGACUACAUUCUUCUUCUCAAAACUAAACUAAGUUGUUUCAUAUUUCUAGUGAACUAAAAGUUCUCUGAUCCUAUAAAUUUCCCUAUUGUUUCAUUAACAACCCUAUUUUUGGUUUGGAUAAAGAAAAAGCAAAGAUUCUUACGUACCCUGCACAGCAAAAUUUUCUCCAUGAAGCUAAAUAACCAUCAAAGUAACCUCCAACACGAACCUACAGUUAGCUUAUAUCAGAGGUAAUAAACCCCAAAAUCCAAAAUAUAUAUACACAUACUUUUGAUCUACAAAAUCGAUAAGAAAAAAAAAACAAAAAUUGAUAUGGAGAUCCAAACAUUUCCCAACGAAAUCGUAUUCUUUGAUCUAGAAACUAACGUACCAAACAAAACAGGACAACAUUUUCACAUCCUAGAGUUUGGUGCCAUCAUCGUAUGUCCAAGAAAACUCGAGGAGCUAGAGAGCUUCACAACGCUUAUACAACCCAAAGACCUGUCAGUGGCCUCAUUACGAUCGUCUAGGUUAGAUGGAAUCACGAGGGCUAAGGUCACAGACGCACCAAGUUUCGAAGAUGUGGCUGAGAAGAUCUAUGGUUUGUUGAAUGGUCGGAUUUGGGCAGGUCAUAACAUUAUAAGAUUCGAUUGCGUUAGGAUUAAAGAAGCUUUUGCUGAGAUCGGUAAAGCUGCGCCUGAACCCUCAGGGAUCAUUGAUUCUUUGGGUUUAUUAAGUGACAAGUUUGGCAAAAGAGCUGGCAACAUGAAGAUGGCAAGUUUGGCCGCCUAUUUUGGUCUUGGAGUGCAAAAACACAGGAGUCUUGACGAUGUUCGAAUGAAUUUAGAGGUCCUCAAGCACUGUGCAACAGUGCUUUUCUUGGAAUCUACACUUCCGAAUCAAUUAGAGGGAAAGUGGCAAAGUUCUUCAAAGAUCAGGACAAGAAGUCGAAGUCAUCGCCAAAUAGCCCAAAAAGCAAUGCCUUACACGAAGGGUAGUAGUCUCGGGAAGAUGGCACAGAAUGUGAAGAAUAUCUUAAACAAAGCUCAAGGCAUCCAAACUCUUCAAAGCUUGAUUAGACAUUCUCAUUCUUUGCUUAGAUGAUUAUUUGCAUCCCUUGGUGGUUGUUAUUUUUUUUUAUAAUUUGAAAAAUGAAUUUCAUUGUAUAUAUUGCACAUUUGUGUUUAUGUUCACUGGCUAUACUGCCAAAAAAAUUAUUAGAAAACUAUUUAUAUUAUGAUUCACACGGUAUUGCUAAGUGAUUUUAACGCCAUAUGAAAAGAUCGUUGUAGAA